UAGUUAAUUUUUUCUUAACUAGAUCGAAAAGACCUCCCAAAUACAUGAGUAAAACUCAGUGACGGGCACUUGGUUGAGCCGCCAACAUUUUUCGUCGGCCGCCCUCUUUCUCUGUUGUCACCGAACCAAACCCAGUCAACGACUCAGGUAAUGCUAUUCUACCAUUUACAUUUUUCUUAUUUGUCCUUUCCCUGCUUGUAGGGUUUCAUGUUAGUGAUAAGAAGGUAUAAAAGAGUUGAAUUGGUUUUCAUGGUAGUAUUGAUUGAGUUACUCAGAGACCUGAAUUGAGCAGCAUUUUACCUUUACUGAUUUGGUAUUAAGCAAAUGAGUGCUGUUGUGCUUCCUAAACAUGUUGCCGCUGUAUUAAAAUGUCAAAAGAACCCAUUAAGGGCACUAGAAAUAUUCAAUUCAGUGAAAAAGGAACAUGGGUUUAGCCAUAAUUUGUUUACAUACAAAUGUAUUGUUGAAAAGCUUAGUUAUUAUGGAGAGUUCAGGGCAAUGGAAGGUGUCAUUGAAGAAGCCAGGAAGAAUAUUGAUAAUAGGUUGUUAGAAGGGGUGUACAUUACUGCUAUUAGAGGUUAUGGAAAGAAGGGGAAAGUUCAACAGGCGGUUGAUGUGUUUGAGAAGAUGGAUUUUUUCAAUUGUGACCCGUCUGUUCAUUCGUUUAACACAAUCAUGAAUAUAUUGGUUGAACAUGGUUAUUUUAAACAAGCCCAUAAAGUUUAUAUGAAAAUGCUGGAAAAUGGUAUUUCUCCUGAUGUAUAUACCUUUACUAUUAGGAUAAAGUCAUUUUGUAGGACAAACCGGCCUCAGGUUGCUUUAAGGCUUUUGAAUAACAUGCUUGAUCAAGGAUGUGAAUUUAAUGCAGUCGCAUGCUGUACAGUAAUUGCUGGAUUUUAUGAAGUGAAUUGUCGAGUUGAGGCUUGUGAAUUGUUUGAUGAAAUGCUUAGGCUCAGAAUAACUCCUAAUGUUACUACGUUUAAUAAGCUUAUAUGUACACUUUGUAAGAAGGGGGACGUCCAAGAAAGUGAAAGGCUUCUUAACAAGAUUGUGAAAAGAGGGGUGUUUCCAAAUUUGUUUACAUGUAAUCUCUUAAUACAAGGUCUUUCUGUAAACGGCCAACUACAUGAAGCUGCUAGGAUAUUGGAAGCUUUGAGGAAAGAAGGUUUAAAUGCUGAUGUAGUCACUUAUAACACUCUCAUAUGUGGUUUAUGCAAACACUCAAAGGUUGCUGAAGCUGAGUCUUACUUGCAUAAAAUGGUGAACCGCGGGUUCGAUCCCGAUGCGUUCACCUAUAACACAAUCAUUGGUGCAUAUUGCAAAUUGGGUAUGGUACAGAAAGCUGACAGAAUCCUUAAUAAUGCAGUUUUUAAAGGUUUUGUUCCUGAUGUAUUUACUUUCUGCUCCCUUAUUUACGGAUUAUGCCAGGAUGGUGACUUCAACAGAGCCAAGAGUUUAUUUAAUGAAGCCAUAGGUAAAGGUAUGGAGUCUAAUAUAAUACUCUAUAACACCUUAAUUAAGGGAAUGUGUCAGCAGGGACUUAUCUUAGAAGCAUUGAGAUUGAUUACUGAAAUGCCUGAGAAAAGUUGCAGGCCUAAUACAUGGACAUAUAAUCUGAUCAUCAAUGGGUUGUGCAAGAUGGGUUGUGUAUCUGAUGCUAGUAAUAUCCUGAAUGAUGCCGUGCCCAAAGGGAUCCUUCCUGAUAUUUUUACCUUCAACACCUUGAUUGAUGGUUAUUGCAAACAGUCAAAAUUGGCUGAUGCAAUCGAGAUUCUAAAUACAAUGUGGCAUCAUGAUGUUGUUCCUGAUGUGAUAACCUAUAACACCAUGUUGAAUGGACUUUGCAAGCUUAAAACUUCUGAUGAUGUGAUGGAAACCUUCAAAGUCAUGGUGGAAAAAGGGUGUGUCCCAAAUAUAAUCACAUAUAAUAUACUCAUUGAGAGCCUCUGUAAAUCUAGAAAGCUUAUGAAAGCUUUAGAAUUACUUGAGGAUAUUCAAAGCAGGGGUCUUAUUCCUGAUACAGUGAGUUUUGGCACUCUGAUAAAUGGGUUUUGUGAGAAUGAGGAUUUGGAUGGAGCUUAUGAGCUAUUCAAAAGAAUGAAAUGGCAAUAUAAAUAUUCUCAUACUACUGCAACAUACAAUAUAUUAAUCAGUGCAUUUGCUAAAAAGCUGAAAAUGGACAUGGCAAAGAAGCUUUUUCUUGAGAUGAAUGAAUGUGGCUGUCCUCCUGACAACUACACAUACCGUUGUAUGAUAGAUGGUUUCUGCAAGGUCGACAACACUGAAUUUGGAUACAAGUUUUUGCUUGAAAACUUUUCGAAAGAAUUUCUUCCAUCAAAAGAAACAGUGGGACGUGUGAUCAAUUGCCUAUGUGUGAAGAACAGAUUACUCGAUGCAGUUGGUAUCAUUCAUCUCAUGGUGCAGCAGGGUGUUGUCCCUGAUGUGGUCCACACAAUUUUUGAAGCAGAUAAAAAGGAUGUGGCGGCUCCUAAGAUUGUUGUGGAAGACUUGCUGAAGAAGAAUCAUAUCACCUAUUAUGCCUAUGAACUUUUAUACGAUGGGAUAAGAGACAAAAAGAUUUUGAAGAAAUUAUCAAUGAAGGUUCUCCAAAGAGGUCAAAAGCAGUGAUGAAAGCCCUCGGGGAGAUCAAAAGCCGAUACUGAUCCUUAUUCUGGCAUUGAGCUAUAAUCCUAUGAUGGUCGUCAAAUCAAGUCCUCAACGCUUUAUUGAUGAGGGUCAGUGGCUUAAAGACAUCUAGGUUUUACCACUUUGAGUCCAUCCUAAGAAAGAGAGUUGCGUAGGAAUAACAUUGUAAGGCUUGGUACAUUUUAAAUCUCAAAAAUGAAUAUUUUGGUGAUAUGGCUCAAAAUGAUUUCUUUGUGAAACUUUUAAGGAACCCUUCGUAGGAAGUUGGGGUAGCAAUAUGUACAGUUUCACAAUUUUCAGAGUUCAUUUUGGAUAUUUAGGGGCCAAUGUACAAGAAUUAGACAAAUUUAUCAGUUUGAAAAUUAAUAACUGCAAUCACGAAACAAAUAUAAAGAAAAAUGAUUUUCUUAAUCAAACUUGUGAGUACAACUCAGUGUAUCCCCUGAUUCUUGUCUCUAAUUAAUAGAUAACAGAUGCACUAUACUUGUGUAACUUUGCAGGGAUAUUAUGAGCUAAUAAGUAGUCUAGUUGAUCUUUAGGGGCUUGAAAUAACUGAGGUGACCCAUGCAAUUGAAAGUAUAGAUAAUAAUAGUAUAUAUGGAAGUGAAAUAUGUCUAAUUAUGUAGUAUUCCUAUUAUAUUUCCUUGAAAAGGCAUUUCGAAUAUCCCGUAGAUUCUUGGGAUAUCUAUUAAGAGAUCAAGAUAUGUUGGACUGUUCUUCAUAAUCAAAUACUUCAAGAAGAUCACACAUCAUUUCAUGGAGAUCAAGUCCAAAUCAUCUUAGUUCGAGAAAUACACCAGUAAAACCCUCGAAGAAUAAAAAAGAUGUUGCAAACAAUAAUAUAAAGUUAAAAGUUCAUAUUAUAAGAAAACUAUUUUUUUGCCUAUAAAUGAGGAAAGUCAUUUUUCUCCAACUAUUUGAUAAAACAUCAAAAAAUAACUUGGUCAUGAAAAAUGUAAGAAACUUUAGGAAUCCAAUGGCCAUAAGGCUUAUUAUAGAGAGCAAAAUACAUGACUAGAGAUAGAGAUGGACAUAAACACAAGGCUUAACUGAUUGGAGCUUUGAAGAACUGGG